CUAUUAAUAAAUUCAACCUGGAAAUCUUUGCCCUGCGCAUUGCAGCGUUUUGUUUUUCUAUAACAAAACGACAAAAACAUCAGUUACAAGAUAUCAGGUCAAUUAUUCAUUCCAGUUACACCUGUGUAAAUCAAUGGAAUUACUGUGCAUUAACGUCAGUGCAACUGAGAUCGGCAUCUGGGCCACUGUUUCUAAAAGAAGAUGAGAAUAUUUUUUCCACACUUCAUAGCUGAAUAGUUCUGAUGGACAUUGUUUCCAUUCAUAUCUUAAUUAAUAGCAUCUCAGUGGAGUGAAAUGUAGAAGUUUCCAAAUUUCCAUGUGGUCUUUGUACUGAGCUACCGUUUUGUAUGGCCUCAGCUGCGUAUCCGAUUCAGUUUCACUGAGGUCUGUCUAAUUGCUUCUCCAUUCAUAAAGCAUUGCCUGUUGCUUGUGAAACCAGUAUGAAACUGUAGCUGUUAAUUAUUUAAAACUUCCUUAGUUACAAAAUUAACAAAUAUCCCACACAUUAACUUUUCCCCACAAGUUCAGAAAUUGUACUGAGUUUUAAGUAAACUAUCAAAUGCUGCUAUUGAGGUUUAUUGAAUGAUCUUAACUUUUUUAUUUCUUAGGAAGUACAGUAGCAAAAAAGGUAAGAUAAAUACAUAUUGUGGCCAACAGCUAGGAUUUGUUUUACGCUGAAUCCUCUUUUUAAAUAAGUUUAAAUAUUUGGGGAUAUAAUCUCAUUAUGAUGUGUAUUAGUUUCUAUUAAUAUUAAUGGGUUACAUGCACAUCAAAAAAAGUAAUAUGCAGGGUACCUAAAUGCUGUGAUGAUCGAUACCUUACAGUGAAUAGGCAGAUAUGGGCCAAGUUCUGUUGUCUAUUGUGCUCCAUUCAAGCCAAUGGAAUUGUUCCAGAUUCACACUGGUUUGACAUGACAACAUAAUCUGGCCCUAUGACUAUGUCUCAAAAUUGAUAAAGUUAGUAAUAAGGACUUUUAGGUAGAACUCAAAGAAAAUAAGCAGUUUUCUGUUCAUGCUGGUUCCAACUGUAUUUGUAUAGUUGGUUUAUGUGAUUUCACCACCACUGAAUUUCACUUUGUUUUGAGUUCAAAUGAGCUGGAAAUUCAAACAUACUUCGCUGCAACCACUCUGUUCCAUGUGGCUUUUGGGGAUUGCAACUAUACAUCUAUCUCCUGAAUCCAUGGAGAGAAGAAGUUUGCUGAAAACAUGGCCCAGGUUCACUAAAAAGAUCCAUGAAUCUCCCAGUACUGGUAGGGGACCUAAAGCUUGUGAUUAAUGAACCAAGUAGAUUGCCGCUGUUUGACGCCAUCCGUCCCCUUAUCCCAUUAAAACAUCAGGUGGAAUAUGAUCAGCUGACGCCUAAACGAUCAAGAAAGCUGAAGGAAGUGAGACUGGAUCGUUUGCAUCCUGAAGGGCUUGGAAUAAGUGUGCGAGGAGGACUGGAAUUUACUUGUGGCCUCUUUAUCUCCCAACUAAUUAAAGGUGGACAAGCAGACAGUGUUGGGCUUCAGAUUGGAGAUGAGAUAGUUCGGAUAAACGGCUACUCCAUCUCUUCAUGCACUCAUGAGGAAGUAAUAAAUCUCAUCCGUACAAAGAAAAUAGUGUCCAUAAAAGUAAGACAUAUCGGCAUGAUACCUGUCAAAAGCUCUCCAGAUGAGCCUCUUAAGUGGCAAUUUGUGGAUCAGUUUGUGUCAGAUUCUGGGGAGGGAAAAGGCAGCGUUGCUGGGCUCGCUUCAUCUGGAGGAAGGGACAAUAAAGAGAAGAAAGUCUUCAUUAGUUUGAUUGGUUCAAAGGGCAUGGGAUGCAGCAUUUCCAGUGGUCCAACACAAAAACCAGGCAUUUUUAUCAGCAAUAUUAAACCAGGUUCUCUUUCUGCUGAGGUGGGGCUGGAGAUUGGUGAUCAGAUUGUUGAAGUAAAUGGAGUGGAUUUUUCUAAUGUGGACCACAAAGAGGCUGUGAGAGUGUUAAAAAGCAGUCGAACCCUAACUAUCUCUGUUGUAUCAGGAGCCGGGAGAGAGCUGUUCAUGACUGAGGAUGAGAGGCAGCGAGAAGUGAGUCUUCGUGAACAGGAGCGCCAGGAGUUAAUGCAUCAGAAGCGGCUUGCAUUAGAGACUAACAAACUCCUCAAAGAGCAGCAAGAGAAAGAGAGACAAAGGAAACUGGAGAUUUCUCAAAAGGCUGCAGAAGAAGAAGAAAGAUACCGUAAAGAAAUUGAACAGAUAACAGCAGAAGAAGAGAAAUUUAAAAAGGAAUGGGAAGAAGAUUGGAGGCCUAAAGAGCCACCUAAGCCUGUAAAAUCUGUAACUGCAGACGUACAUCCAGCCCCUACUCCUAAACACAGAAUAGAUUUAAAGGGAGUUGCACAUGACCAACUUGCAGCAGAUGACAUGGAUGGAGUGAUCACGAAGCAGAACAAACAGGGCUUCCAGAAGUAUGUGGAAGAUUUUGACCCCUAUACAAUGUUUUCAGCAGAUCAGAUCAUGGGAAAAGAUGUGCGGCUGUUACGUAUUAAAAAGGAAGGACCAUUAGAUCUUGCAGUAGAGGGAGGCAUUGAUUCCCCAAUUGGAAAAAUAGUAGUGUCUGCUAUCUAUGAGGGUGGUUCUGCAGACAAACAUGGAGGCAUCGUGAAAGGGGAUGAAAUAAUGGCUGUGAAUGGCAAGAUUUUAGUUGAUGUGACGCUGACAGAAGCCCAGACAACUUUAGUCAAAGCCUGGAAUGUGGGUGGGGAUUGGAUUGAUUUAGUCAUUGCAGUGUCUCCUCCAAAGGAAUAUGAUGAUGAAAUGACAUUUUUUUAAAGUAAAGAAGGUAAAGUUGAAGAAACUAAGUCUGUGUCCUGAAGAAAGCUGCUGAUUCAUAAAUAUCAAAUCAAUAGCCUUGCAAAAUCUACUUUUAUAUGAGCGAAAUAUGAUUUUAGAUUGUACUGAGAAUUCAACUGGACUAGAGAGAAACCUCAUAUUUAGACUCUUUGGGCAACUUAUGUAAUUUCAUGAUCUUCCCAUAGAUCCAAGGCAACAUGUGGUUAUAGGAGAAAGAUAAUUCCUGAGAAAUGUUGCCAAUGCAAAAUAGUUUAUUCUAUAAAAUCUAUUUUUCUAUAAGGUUUAGGGGCCAAAUUUUGAAAACCAGCCUCCAAAAGUGCACUUGCAAUUUGCCUAGAAAUGUGCAUCAGUAUGCACAAAUGGGAGGUUGAACAUCAUAUACUUUCUCACAAGCAGUGAGAGGGGGGUGUCUGGCAUUUGUACCCUAUAUAUUGUAUUUUUCUACUGAGGUCUGAGGGGUCAGUGUUUGUAACUCCCAUUAACAUUAAUAGAGAUUAUCCUUGUAAAUCAAUCAGAGCCCAAUUCUGCUCCCUUACACACACUGAGUGAAAUUCACCGCUGUGCAGAAGACCUAGACCAGUGAUGGGCAAACAACGGCCACUGGGAGCUGCAGGCGGCCGUGCAAAUGUAAACAAACUGGCAGCCCGCCAGUGGAUUACCCUGACGAGCCGCAUGUGGGCCGCAGGUUGCCCACCACUGACCUAGACUGAUUUUGAAUGCUUGGGGGGAGCUUAAAUGGUGCAAAGGAUUCAUGCUGAUUCUCUGUACAGAGGUGAGUUUCAUCCAUUGCAUAAUACCUUAGGCAGCAAGGAUUCCCAUUGAGGUCAAUGCACUUGUUCAGAGUGAGGUACCACUCAGCCUGAGUAUUGGUAGCAAAUCAGGCCCUCAGGUAUCAAUGGGUGAAGAGACCAAGUUAAGGAUACCCUUACUCAUGUGAUUAGUACCCAAUGAGACUAUUAAUGUUAAGGGUGCAGGAUCACACCCAAAAUAUAACCUCAUAUUAUCACUGACUCAAUGUCUUACAGUUAACGAAUAUCCUUUACAUUAUAGUAACUAAUCUGAUUUUAAAAGAAAUUGUCUGAUAAAAUUGUACUUUUUAGAACUUGUUCUGAAUCUCUUUUAAAGCCAUUGAACGUUUUUUGCAGUAAAAGUUCAUCUUGCCUUCCUUAGAUUACCCUAAAUAACAAGCUGCACAGAGAUCUAAGCAGUUUUUAAUUUCACAGACAUUUUAACAACUAGAAAAUCAAGCUGAAACUAACAGAUUUUAUUUCUCAUUCAAAUACUUUCUUAAAUAAGUGCAAAAUCUUGUCCUAUUCAAACACCCAGUAGAUGUUAAUAACACAGAGGGCCUGAUCCUUGGCAGGGUAAAUUGGUUUAGCUCUCUUACAGAAUCAGACCCUAUAUCAUCGAAAUACAGUAUUCCAUUACAUCAGAUUUCAAAAGACAACUAACAAAGACAUUACAUAUAUUCUUAUCUGUAUAUUGCAUUUCAUGUUGUCUUUAGGUUUUUCCUUUCUAAUUUACUAAGAGCUGAAGCCCAUAGUUCAUACACACUUGGAAUUUUAUCUGCUCAAGACAUAUGGGAUUGGGCCCUAAAUGUAUAACAUGACAAAAUAACAACGUAUUAAUUCCAGGUUGAAUCAUAAUGGCGUACCACUAUGUGCACUGAUAUCUUUAAGUGUGAGCUGAUCUCUUUGGUUUCACAUGCAGUAAUCUAUUAAUAAACCAGUUUAUGUAUCUGGGUAGGAUACAUGUUAAACUUUUAAAAUCACUCUCUUACAAAUAAAUAGCACAAGAAUAAAAUUGUUUGUGCCAAACACAAAAA